GUCAAAGUAGCCGGCGACACACACAAACUCACCGAUAGUAGAUACGUGUCGCGCCCGUCAAUGGCGGCAACGAGUGCAGCGGGGAGCAGCGAGCAUGGCGAGCGCAUGGGACAGCCCGUCGAGCAGCCUGUGGGGCGCCCUGGGGCAAGCCUCCACCAUGGCGCAGCUGGUGGGCGUCGACGCGCUCGGGCUGGUCUCCAUGGUCGUGCAGGCCGCCCUGGUGGCGCGCCGCCACCGGGAUGCCUGCGUGCGGCUCGCGCAGCACGUGGAGCUCGUCGGCGGCCUGCUCGGGGAGCUGGAGCUCGAGGAUCUGAUGCGGCGGGAGGCCACCAGGCGGCCGCUGGAGCAGCUCGGCAGCGCUCUGCGGCGGUGCUACGCGCUCGUGACCGCGUGCCAGGACUGCGGCUACCUCCGCCGCCUGCUCCUGGGAGCCCGGAUGGCCGACGAGCUCCGUGCCGCACAGCACGAGGUCGAUAUGUUCAUCCGCCUCAUCCCGCUCAUCGCCCUCGUCGGCAAUUCUACUGCAGAUAGUCGCCGUGUCAAGGCUUCCAAACAAAGGAGCUACAGAACACUGCAAUAUUGGAGAACACCCAUUUGUAGGUAAGCUCUUACUUCUGUAAAUAUCCUAAUGCGCUUAAUCAUGGACUCAGAUGUGGAAACUAAUUGACUGAGGUUUCAUGUCAAUGUUAUAUGCUUCAAGAAAGUUUCCAUGCAGUAUGAUGGUGAGCUACGAUAUAUAUUGUUGCCUUUGGGAUUUCUAUGUUGUUGCUUUGGGUUGGAUUUCUUGCGCAAAUGUGGUCUCAAUUUGAAUCAAAGAUAUUUAAAAUUAGGCAUUUAAUUGUCGUUGCACUUCUUUUAAUAAUAUGGCUGCAUACAUCACUCUGAUGCAUAGGCCGGGGGUCAUCCUCGUUUUGAAAAAAAAUAAAUGUUGUUGAGAUGAGUGUAGUGGAAAUGUUGAGAUUUGAAUUAAUAUAAUAUUAAAUGAAUUAAAAAUAGAAAAUAAAAAUAUUGGGAGUUAAAUUUAGGGAUAUGACUAGUUGCGUGCACAUGGAUUAUUGGAAGUUAAGUUUAGUCCUUCCUCCGAUCCAUAUUAAUUGUCGCUGAUUUCGUACAAAAUCAGCGACAAUUAAUACGGAUCGGAGGGAGUAGGUGAGUUAGGAAUUAAAUAAAAUGGAUGCGUUAGAGUUAAAUUAGUUGAUAAUUAGGAUUAUUUAACUCUUCGGAUUAGAACUUUGAACUUGUGAAUAGAACUUCGAACUUGGGGUCCGUGCCUAGUUCAUUUGCUUUCCUACUAACAACACCAAAAAUCAAAUUUACUCCGUCUUGCAGGUAAAUCAACUCCGCUUCAUCAAACUUGUUUCUUAGAUUGGUUUACCUUCCCAUUUUAAUACCAAACAAAACAAACUCCCAAGCAUCAAAAUUAGAGAUUCUUCUCCCCAUCUAUACUAGAAGUUGUUUCAUCGGUAUCAUGGUGUGUUUAUCUUUUCUGUGAAAGUUGAUAUGUGGAGGUUUAAACUAGCAGCCAGCGUUCCUCGACAUGUUCUUCUGCCUUAUGUUGUAAUGGUCACUUGUCGAGCAGUUAGGAUGCAUGCUUCUUAUCUUUGUCAUUGUCGAAACUAGAACCUUUGGCGGUACGAUUGCUUCACAAGAAAAACGAAACAAUUAGUGACCAUUGUUAGCCAUCCUUGCAAUUUCAAGUUUUACCAAACCACAUUAGAAUGGGUGAAAUAUCCGUGUUUUUGUGCAAGUGCUUAAACUCUGGAAUUUCUGUCUAAGAUCCACCUAAAUUCUAAGACCAGUGAUGUUUUGACAUGAAAGUGGGAAUCUGAGGAUGUCUUCUCUACAAAGUCAGUUUACACAUCAUAUUUUAACACUUCGAUCAUUAACCCCAUAACAAAGGUGAUCUAGUCGACUUGGGCUCCACUUGGAUGCAAAAAGUAUCUACGAUUGGUCACUCAUGAAAGGAUUUGGACAGUUGGUCACCUCGCUAAACGCGGUCUUCCCAUAACGAGCGAUAUGUUUUAUAUGGUACACCCAGGAAAACAUUUGCCACCCGUUCAUGGAGUAUUGUGCGGUAAUCAACAUAACUAGGGUCGAGAAUAUAGGUCAUCUUGUUUGUACAAAUGAGAGACAACCAAAUUUGAAGAGAGGGGAAAAAUAAAACUACAAUUACAUCCUUGAAUCCCGCUUCCUUUUAAUAGAGCAACUUUGGCCAUUGAACUAGCCAUGCCAAAGAGGAAUUGACCAAAGCGCCAUACCUCUCUUAUAUCUAUUAUGACCUUUCUGGUGAGGAGGCUUGCACAAGAAAAGCUGAUUCGGAUCUCCUUCAUUGUUAAAAAAGGUUACAAGAGCAAAAUGUUUUUAGAAACAAAUCGUAAUAGGUGAGAGCCCCUGACGAAAAGAAGGAAGAGAAGAGAGGGCUCAAAUUGCCACUACUUAUCCAAGUGAUCCAAACAUUCCAUCCAAUGGUUGAAUACUGGUUCGAUCGGUUGCUAGGGAUUGGCCCGAUUACUUGUAACCGUAUUUACUUCUUGUUUUGCAUGUAGCUGGGUCUGAUCAAUCUUCGGUCUUACAUGCAGUUACUUUGUAGGGUGUAGUACGUAGCACGUUAGCCAUUUACCACAUCAUCACAAGCUUUUAUAAUGUGUUCACCCUACAUUAUUUAAUGACAAACCUAUUGUCAUUUAAGGGGAAUUCAUCACAUAUAGAUAAGAAAAAUAAGUCCUCCACCAACCAUCACCUAUGUGAAUAUUAAUCGCCCUCCCCCCAUUAUAUAUGCCCCUUUGUUUUGACGGGAGUAGAUAACAUGGUGCAUUUGUUUCACUUUCUUUUAACUUGUUUUGUAGAACUAAGUUAGUUCAUCAAGUACGUGUCACACAUAUUAAAAUAGAUGAUACCUGAGAAAGGCCAAAGAGUCUUAUGGGCAGGCCAAUGGGAAUAGGAGGUGUCGGUAACCGGGUUGUGGCAAUUGGUUUCAGCCACUGGGUGCAACAUUCGCGACCUCGUCUUACGUCUCAUUCAGGACAAGGAAGACCACAAACUCAAGUCGUUGUCGGAGGGUCCGUUCAUCAUCGACGAAGUGUUGCACCACAGAGCAUACCGGGUCCGAGAUAACAAGAUCAGCAUCGUCGAGCUAAAUCCUUGGAGCAUCCAACUGCUAUGUUCCUUUUGCACCUAACCUUUUUUAGUUCAUUCCUAUUCAUGUUUAGUUCGA